AUGCAUUCACCAGAUCCCGACUCCGGCUCAUCGUCGCCUGUCUCAGAUACUCCACCCGAUGAACACUUCCCGGCUCCACCAUCCGGCUCGAUGUUCCUCACCAAUCUGACGAGCCACUUCACUUCCUCCUUCACUGCCAGCGCUGCUAAGCGUCGUCUGCCAACUGGAGGGUCCUUCGCUGCCUCCUCCUCCCGCGAUGUAAAGACCAGAAGACGCGAGGAUCCAAGACGGGGUGGUGGAUGGGAGGGCAAAGAAGGCGGCGCAGGUGGAAAGAGGGACAAAGAGGAGCUCAUAGACGGGCAUAUCGUUGAAGGACUCAGAAAAGAAAUUGGUGACCCAUUCAAUGAGGCGGCAUUGAAAGCUGCUAGUUGA